AUGUUGGAUUUUUUAAACGAACCAAUUAAUAUUGCAAUCGAUGGUCAAGUAGCAACAGGAAAAACAUUGAUUGGUAGUGAACUUGCAAGACUUUUAAAAUACAAGUUUAUUGAUACUGGACUUUUCUAUCGUUAUUUCGCUACAACAUAUUAUAAUCAUCAUGUAGAUAAUUUAAGUGAUGAAAUAAUUAAUUCAAAUAUUACUAUUGAUGAUUUAGAAAAAAUUAAUCAACUUAGUGAUAAAGAAUAUUUACAAAUUGGAACUUAUGCGGCAGAAAUAGCAAAAGAUAAUGGUGUUAGAGAAGCAAUUAAUACUAUUAUUAAUCGAUUAGUUAAUGGAAAAGGAUUUGUUGUAGUUGGACGUGAUGUGACAACAAAGAUUCUUCCUAAUGCAGAAAUAAAAAUUGUACUUGAUGCUGAUAUUGAAACUCGUGUAUUUCGUAGAAUGAAUCAGUUAGAAUAUAAAAAUGAUUUUACAUCAAUUUUUGAUGAUUUAAUGCAACAUGAUUAUAAGUUAUAUGAUUUAAUUCAAAAAGCAAAACAAAUUUCUACAAUUAUUGAUAUGAAAAAUCUAUCACUUAACCAAGUUAUUCAGAAAAUUUUAAAAUUAGUUAUCUAUCAUUCUUUACAACAUA